AUGCAUGCGCUAACGGUCAAAGGAGCUGCGGUGACGGUUGCAACGGAUAAAUCUGGACAGUUUACGGAAAUCGGUGAUGCAAUAUCCUACGCUCAACAUAACGAAGUCCCCACCGUCACUGUACUAGCAGGUACCUACCCAGCUGUGACAGUAUCCGCCACUCCGUCUGUUGCGGUGAUCGGUCAGAGCAAAAGUGACGAUGACAACAAGGAUAACAAGGUUGUUGUGUCGACGGAAGGAACCGCUCUUGAGCUGUCAGUCAAUGUCGAUGGAAUCACGUUUCAGAACAUCAACUUCAUUACCACCGGUGAAGAUGACCCAUCCGUGAACAUCAAGGGAAGUGAACUGGCAUUUUACGCCUGUCAGUUUGUUUCUGCAGGGCCUGUAGGAAUUGAAACAGGUCUUGGUGUUGGCAUCAUCGCGAACAGUUAUAUCGAAGCCCAGGAAACAAUCAUCGACGGCAAGGCAACAUUGUAUAUUUUCAAUACCGACAUUGUACCGGUUGCAGAUUCGGCUCUUCUGGUCUACACAACCGGCACAGACUCGGAUGGCACGUUGUACAACUCAACAGUUGUGUUUGAUCAGGCGACAGUAUCCCCCAAACCAGAUGACAAGAGUGAGAGGGUCUACCUGGCAAAGGCAAAAGGCCUGGGAUCCGUGGCCGUCUAUCGGGGCAGUACGCUCGAUGGAUUUAUCGCCGGUAGUGGAGUCUACGUUGACGAUAUCACCCAGGAUGACAGUAAUUUUUAUGCUGAAUAUGGAGACACAGGAGCAGGAGCAUACCCCAGCAACAAGGAUGCCAGAUCACCAUAUGUGACCCUGUUAGACGAUUCAGCCGUGUCUCAGUUUAGCAUUGGCACAGUUUUCGCAAGCGCAUACCCUGGCCUUGCCACAUCGGAUACCAAUUGGAUCGACCAUGCUGUCCUGGCUGCUAUUAAAAAUGCAGAUGAAUCAAGCUCUUCAGAUGGAUCCAGCCCCUCGGCAACCAGUGGAGCUGGAACCGACCCAUCCUCAACAAGCGCGACGUCCCCAGAAUCCUCUUCAUCUCCAUUCGUGGUCUCAACCACGCCAUCAAAAGGACAAUACAAAAGCGUACAAGGGGCUAUCGACGCACUUCCUGAUGAUGGAAGCCCCUACGUCAUCGAGAUCAAGAGUGGGACAUACAAGGAGCAGAUAUCCAUCAAGCGAGACGGAAAAGUUACGCUUCGCGGUGACACCACAUUCAAAAAUGACUUCACCAAAAACACUGUCACGAUCGAGUAUGAGGAUGGCGUGGCCACAACAACCAACAGUGAUGACCAAACUCCCGUGAUCAACGUGAAGGUCUCUGGAAAGACCGUGGUAGCAUUGUAUAACAUCAAUUUUCAGAACACCUAUCCACAGAGCGCAGACACUGUGGCACUUGCUGCCGAUUUUGACGGGUUGGUGGCCGCAUAUGGCUGUUCAUUCAUCGGCUAUCAUCAUACCCUUUUCGCAAACCAGGGGACACAAGUAUUCUCCAACAGUCAUAUUGAAGGAUCAAUUGAUUUCAUUUGGGGUUCGUCUACCGCAUACUUUCAUCAGUCAUACAUCGCCACGAAUACCGCGGGUCACUCAAUAGCAGCCCAGGGCAGAUCUUCAGAAACGGCCAGUGGAGGGUUUGUGUUUGAUACAAGCGUGAUCACUUACACAACGUCAUACGGUACCUCGUUCGGGAAGACCUUUCUUGGAAGACCCGUGGCAGAGUACAGCGUUGUGAUUUAUAUGAACUCCUUUUUGGAUAAACAAAUCAGCCCAGUUGGGUGGAGCUCGGUAGGCGAAGACACAGAGAAUGUUAUAUUUGGCGAGUACAAGAAUUCUGGACCUGGGAGUUCGCUUGAUGACCGCGCAUCAUUUGCGAAAGUCCUGACUGAAAGCGAGGCGCAACCCUACACACUAAAGAAUUGGAUUGGGGACACAUCCUGGCUUGACAUGACGGCGUAUGAUUAUGUUCCCUCUUAUGAUCUUUCCUCUGGGACCGGAGGUGCCUCUCCCGCAAACCCGAAUUCAACUGGAACAGAUGACGACUCUACCGACUCACCCGACCCUACCACGGGAACAUCGCCAGCUAGUCCAAGUGGAUUAGGUACAGCAGGACACCCGGAAAGUGGGACAAAGCCCCCGACAGGAGCAAUUCUUGUCUCUGUGUCCGCGAAGAUUGACAAAUCAUAUUCCUCCUUAACAGAAGCUCUCAAGUCAUUGCCGUCUGAUGGCUCUUUGCAGGUGAUUUUCAUAUAUGAAGGGACCUAUCAUGAGCAAGUUCCAACGAUUGACCGAGAUGGUCCAAUCAAGAUCAUCGGGUACACGGAGGGUAGUCCAGGUCAGUCCUACGCCGACAAUGAGGUGACAAUUAUAUUCUCCAGUGGGAAAUCCGCGCCCUCGGAUACAUCAAUUUCCAGUGGCGCAGAUACGGCAACUGUUUCGACAACCUCCGCCAACAUUGCCUUCUACAAUAUCAAUAUCAUCAACAGUGAAAAUCUAGAUGGAGCAGAGACAGGGUAUAUUGCGGUCGCAGCCUCAGUAUCUGGCUCGCACAACGCAUUUUACGCCUGCAGCUUCAUAGACUGGCAGGAUACUCUUCUUACUAGUGGUGCAGCUGCAUUCCAAUACUACGAGUCAUCUUACGUCGAAGGUGCGGUGGAUUUGAUCUCAGGAUCUUCAACAGCGUACUUCAAGGGCUGCACUCUUGGCGCUAAGUUGAAGGGCGGAGCAUUCACAGCACAGAGCCGACCAUCUACAACGGCAGGGGGCUAUAUUUUUGACCAAUGUCUCUUUGGAGCGGCGACAAAUGCCACAGGUGAUCUGACCAAUUCGGUAUAUCUUGGUCGCCCACGUUCGGAAUACGCACUUGUUGUGGUCAAGUUCUCACAGCUGACUGGGGCUAUAAAUCCAUCUGGGUGGACAGUCUGGUCAUCUACAGACCCCCGAACGGACGAGAUCAUGUUUGCUGAGUAUAAGAAUACUGGGCCAGGCAAUUGGGAAAACAACGAGGCCGCCCGGGAAGCAUUCGGCCACGCAAAACUUCUCAGUUCAGAUACAUACACCUUGUCUGAUGUGAUGGACUCCACCGACUGGAUCGACCUGACAUACUCGAACUCAAUCACAACACCAAAGGAUGAACCUGGAUCUGGAUCAUCACCCGACACUCCAAAAGCUACCUCGGAUAGCACGACACCCCCAGACGGAGCGUUCAUUGUGUCUAAGACGAGUAUUGCGAACAAGCAAACCUAUGACACGAUACAAAGCGCCCUUGAUGCCUUGCCGACCUCCGCGACCGCGUCAUCCACCGUGUUCAUUUAUCCUGGCACAUAUGACGAGCAUAUCGAAAUCAACAACCCUGGUACUGUGAUUCUUAUUGGCUACUCGGACUCUCCCAAAGACAAUGAAAAGAACAAAGUCACAAUUCAAAACAGCAAAGGAGGAGAUGCCAGCUCAGAUAAUUCUUUGAGCAGCAGCGCUACAGUCUAUGCAAACGGCAAAAGUCUGCAAGCAAUCAACAUCAACUUUUCCAAUACUUACGAUGGAGCCAGUGACUCAUCCGUGGCAUUCGCUGUCGCGUCGUCCAAAUAUGCUAGCCUGUACAGCUGUCGAGUCACUGGAAAAAUGAAUGCACUUGUCGUGAAUGGCUUCUUUUUUGCGGCAAACAGCUACGUGGAAGGCAGUGCAGAUAUGAUCUCGGGAGGUGGUGCAGGCUAUUUCCUCGUUUCCACAAUAUCGCCAAGUGAGGAUGAUAUUAGCAUCACUGCAGACAAACGCGCAUCGGAUUCUACACCAGGCGGACUCGUAUUUGACCAGUGCAAAGUGACUCCCGUGGGUGGAGCAGGAUUGAUGUCAGAAAUCUCACUUGGAAGACCUCAAAACUCACAUGCCAGAGUGGCUUAUAUUGAAACGCAUCUUGGUUCUUGCGUCGAACCCAAAGGAUGGGAAAUAUGGUCAUACGCCAGUCCUAGGACGGAUGGAGUAUUAUUUGGUGAAUAUAAGAAUGAUGGACCUGGUUCUGAUACCUCCCGCCGCGUCUCUUUUGCAACUCAAUUAAUAGAUCAGUCUGUUGUCCAAUUCGAAAUCGCCAACUUCUUCGAUAGCCUCUCGUGGAUCGACUUUUCACGCGUCUCUGGCAAACCUUUCUCUGUCACUCCCUCGAAGGAUUCUGAUGGUUCAUCAGAUCCGACAGGGGCCUCUUCAACAGUCUCAUCGGGUUCAGCGGGCGUUUCACCAACUAGUUCGCCGGGAAGCGCGGAUGCUGCGUCAACUAGCUCACCAGGAAGCGCGAAUGCUGCGUCAACUAGCUCGGGAUCUUCGACCUCAGACCCCGCAGAAUCGACAGGCUCAGGAGGUUCCUCUGUCUCAGACGGAAUUACUACAAGUACUGUUCUAGUAACCGUCACAUCUUCCACAACUACUACAAAAGCCAAGACAACGUCGACAAAGACCGAAACCAACGCUGACGACUCCGACUCCACUACCACACCAGCUACGGUCAUCCAAACAUACACCAGUGCAGAAUCUACCAAGACUGUGCAAAAGACAUCCACAGUCACACAGAUGGUGACUGAUCCUUCACUAAAGGCAACAUACACUCGAACCGUCACGACAACCACUGUCAUAACAUCAACGCCGCCCCCAUCCAUAACAACCUCCACAUUGACCAUCACGUCCGCCGCUGGAACAAUCACAAAAACUGGCAAAACUACAGUUUCCACGUCCAGUGUGACCUCAACCUCGACCAAGACUGAGAGCACAACCACUACACUCAGUUGUAUCCCAGCUAAAAAGGUCAAACGAAGUCUCCUCCCACCUCGAUUCAUCCCAGCUACAACUACCGCUUUCCCAAAUACCACAAACUCUGCCAUGACCGCCAAGUCUGUAUCUCAUUCUCCUAAACUCAGUACUGAUACUAUGACCACGGAUAUCCACCACGCGGAGGACACGAUCUCGUUUGUGACAUCCACGGUGAUCAAGACGGGCACAGCCACGGUUGCCGCCGAGAUUGCCGUUGUUACAGUGACAAAGGAUGCUGGUGAUUCAGGAACUAUAGACUCAAUCACAUCUACAGAGACUGUGACUGCCGCUGUUAAGACCGAAACAAGCGUUGACACAACCACUGUUUCGUCAACAGUUGGACAGGCUCCCGCUGCAUCGACUGUGAUUCUCGUUGUCCAGACAGAGACAUCUACAUCCAUACUCUCUCUGCCGGUAGCUACAUCCACGAAGACCGAGACCACUACCUACAGUGAUCUUUCGACGGUCACCAUCACUUCUCGUCCCACGUCAACAAAGACCAAAACAGUCAACACUACCUCUACCACGACCAGUACAGUCACAACAACUCUCACAGAUGCUACGACCUGCGCAUAG